UGUGUACAGUUCAUGUAAAUGAGUUUCUCUUGUCUAACUUUAUGUGAUUCUUAUUUGAUUCUAUAACUUACUGAAAUUUUGGGCAUUUUGAAAUACAAACUUAAGAAAUAAAAGAAUGUUCCAGUAUAAUGCAAAACUUCUUUAUAAUUUGUGAAGAAAUGAAUGUGCAAAACUUUGAACAGUCUUAGGUCUCAGAAAUUACAUUUUAUAUGUUCUAAUUUUAAGAGCUUCUUGUUUUACAUGUAGAUGUUGAGAAAAAACAAAGUACCUUCAGAAGUCUCUUUCCAGGUUCAGGGGAAACACUCAGAUUCAAUUUUGUUGUUCAUUCAGUUGAUAUGUGACUCAGUUUUACUGACAGUCACAAGCUUUGUGUUACUAGGAUUAGGAACAGUUUAUUAUGGGUAGUAAUGAAGAUUAUCAAUUUUUAUUUUGUGCAUGUGAGCUUUACCCAGGAUUUUAUAGAAUGGGAUUAUCACUGGUAUGUUUUAUGAAUUGAUAAAAGCUAGAUUACUGAUUUAUAACAAAUUAUAUAUUGAAAAUUAAGAUUCAAAAAUUUAUAUUACAGUAAAAGCCUAGAAUAUUAUGGCUAAGUUAUAUUUAAAUAAUUGAAUUCUCUACACUUUACAGUUUUUUUUUCCUUUUAAUCAGAGAAGUUAGAUAAUGCUGCAGACCAUUUCUUAAAGCAGUUUGCUUAGUUUUUAUUGGCAGCCUGCAUCCAAGCCCGGCAUCUCUGGGUAUUGCUUGUCACCUAUGCUGUUGUUCUAGGACAAAUUCAAGGACAGAAGAACUCAGAGUGUCUUAAGAGUUGUCAGUAUAAAUUACUUAGUUUCCAUGUGCUGUGUGUGUGGUUUACUUAUCUUGAAAAAAUGCUAUUAGAUAUUAGAGGCAGUGAGCGUGGGAAGGAUAGAGGAAUAAAUUCUAAACAUUGAAAUUGUUUAUAUGCAUAAAUAUCCACAAAAUUCUGACUCAGUAGCUGCUUUACCAUUUGGAAAAAUUGGUUAAAAUUGCCCAUUUUUAAAUAACUAGCUUUUGAAAUCUGUUUUUUCCUCUUUCCUCCUAUAUCCUCUUCUACCCCUCCCACUCUUUGCUAUUUAGUUUCAUUUUUGUUUUAUGCCUGUAUCGAGAAAGUUUCGCUUUGCAGCGUGUGUUUCUUUUUCCCCACCGCUGAGUUGGAAAUCUAAUUAGGGAGAAUUAUUUAAAUGCCCCCCCCAAAUUAUUACAACCAUACAGAAAAGAUGAACUUACAGUUUGAUUUUGCAUGUGCUAAUCACCCUAAGAAAGUAACAUUAAAACAAAACAAAACAAAACAAAAAACCCAAGCUUAAGAAAGUCAAAUAGUACAGGUUACUGAAAAAGUGUAGGAAAAAUUGAUUCAUCAUGGAUGUUUGGUACUGUUGCUGAUACUGUGUCCAUAUUAUAGUAAUAUAUGCCUUUUCUUAUGUGAGUAAUACACAGUUUAGCAUUCACAAUUUUAUUACCUUAUCAAUGUAGUUUACAUGUUUCUGCGAGUAUCACAAUUAAAGCAGUCACAAUUUUUAAAGCUAUAUUUCUUUUUCAUUUUCCUGUAAGACAGAGUCAAGUAGACCUUUAAAAGUAAUCAGUUUGCAUUCAGGUACUUUAAGACUUGCUUUAAAUCAGGUAAUUUUUUUUCAUGUAGACAUACCAAUCAAUUUUCAUUAAUUGACUUGUAAACUAUCAUCAGAAUGAAAUACCGUGAUAACUAAAGUUUUCAGUUAUCAAGUUUGUGUUAAGUUCUUACCUCUUGCUUCAGUCUUUAGCCUUGUCCUACAUAUUCCUUGUAAAGAACUCUGCUAUAGUAGAGACCUUAAUCUCAUACAAAAAGCACACAAAGUAAUUAUUUUCCAGUUUCCACAUUUUCCAGUUCACAUUUAAAGACUCUGAAGACUUAAAAUGUUAAAACUUCCUUUGAAGACAGUUCAUAGUUCAAGGGCAGUAUUUUCUAUUUUUGAACACGUCUUCUACACUUGAUGUGUUUUUUCCAGCAACUCUUCUCUUGAAGCAUCUGCAACAGAUGACCAUUGGCAAAGUAAGCCAGAACUUUAUAUACCAGGUAUAGGUUUACAAGCCUAUUGGUUUAAAAAUACUCUGCCCUAAUUUUCAGUGUCUUCCUUAGAAUAGUGCCAGAAUGCUGACAUUUUACACCUGAGUCUUUACACUUUUUAAAUGAUAAGACCUUAGAGUAAUUUUUGUAUAAGGACUGCAGUAUCACUUUAUGUGAGAUUAUCUUUGAACAAAGAUAAAUUCUGGUCAGAUUGCUAGUGAGGACUGGCAAGAAUGAAAGAUCUUCAGUUGAAAUUUGCAUAGUAUUCAUGAAUUGUUGGUAUACUUACCAAAAAAAAAAAAAAAAGAUCCUAAAGUUGGCCAUCAAAUUUCUUAUCACUCUUUGUUUUUGUUUGAUGAGACCAUGAGAAAGAUGAUCAUUCUUUUACCAACUUAUAUUGACUUUUUUCCCCUUUAAACUCAAAAUGUAUGUUCCAAAAAGAGCCAUACUUCAGAGGUAGAGACUAAAGAGGAUUUCUACUACCUGAAUGUGUAACAAAAAGAUCUUAAAUUCCUAGAUAUUAAAAUGUGUUUAAUUCUUCACUGCGUGAAUUGUUUGCCCUUGGGCUUUUCAAAUGUUUCACAGAUUAUGCGGUAUUUUUAUAAACUCUACAGUACUUUUCCACAGUCUCCACACUCUUCCUUUUUUUCAAGCUAAUGAGAUGGUUUUAUUUAAAUAGUGCUCUUUGAGAAAUCUAGACCACUUUUCACAUGUUAAACAUCAAAGAAAAGCUGUAAGCAUUUAAUAAUUAGGCUUUGAUUGCUAUGAAGAAAUAGACUUGCAUGCAGCUUCUAUAAUAUCUUGUUUGUUAAAAAUCUGGAUGACUAUGACAAAAAAAGUUAGACCAAGGAAAUUCUACUUAAACUUGACUAUAAUCAUCUAAGCUAAAGACUACUAAUCCCCAAACUACCAUUAUAUUUUGAGGGUGGUGAUCAAAUGUUUUAUGAGUUAUAUAGUGUAUGUGUGUAUAUAUAUAUAUAUAUAUCUGUACAAAGACAUAUACACAUACACAUCUUUAUAUCGAUAUAUAUACACACACUCAUACUGCAGAUACAUUAUUUUUCAGAUGUGAAAAAUUGCAAGUUAUCAUCUUACUAUUUGGAAAUCGUAUUUACUCAAUUCUAAGAUGCCAUCAAUUAUGAGACUAUCAACUUACUAGCAGGCUUUCUGAGAGAGGGAGAAAAAGACAUUUUGUAAUUUCAUGGACUUAAAAUGGAAGGGGGUAGGGACUGAAUUUUAGAAUUUGAGAAAAUUUGAUGUAUCUGCUAUAACACCUUUUAAUUAUAAAGAACACAGAUCUAAUGUCCAACUUAUAUUACUAGAAUUUAAGAAAAAGUCAGAUAUUUUCUCCCUUUCAACUAAGUUGCCAUUUUUAAAUAGUGCUUUAAUUAUAAAAUUUUACUUAUCUGAAAUAAAAGUAAAGCCAUUAUGGAACAAACAUAGAUUAGUAAUUUUCCCUAAGAUUUAUACUACCAACACAGCAACAACAAAAAACCUUAGCAUAAUGAUGAGAGAUAUUUUAAAAACUGCUUCCUUUUGUUUGAUGAACAGAUAUGUUUAAACUUCACCCAGACCCUAAAAGGUUCAUUCAGUUGAUAAACACUGUCACAUACCUGUUUUGUGCUAGACACAAUGCUCGAUUCAAAUACAGCUCAUGUCUUAGUCAUAUCAUAUUAAAAAAUUAAAGAUUUUAGGCCAGGUGCAGUGGCUCAUGCCUGUAACCCCAGCACUUUGGGAGGCAGAGGUGGGCGGAUCACGAGGUCAGGAGAUCGAGGCCAUCCUGGCCAACAUGGUGAAACCCCAUCUCUACUAAAAAUACAAAAAUUAGCCAGGCGUGGCAGCAUGCGCCUGUAAUCCCAGCUACUUGGGAGGCUGAGGCAGGAGAAUCACUUGAACCCGGGAGUCAGAGGUUGCAGUAAGCCGAGAUCACGCCACUGCACUCCAGCCUGGCAACAGAGAGCAAGACUCCAUCUCAAAAAAAAAAAAAAAAAAAAAUUAAAGAUUUUAAUAUAAGAAAACUGAAGGAAAAAUUGGACUUUUGUGUUAUGUCUUCCCUUACUUUGUUCUGUCUGUAUAUUCCUGUAUUGAUUCGGUAGUAGCAAUGCAUAAUUUUCCCACAAACUUCAUCCUUACAUGUAGAGAAAGUGUUGAUAAAAUAUUCUGGCAAUAAAGUGCUCUUUGCAAAUAUGUACUUCAUUUUCACUGUUUAUUCAGUUUUCUUAAUAUCAUAUAAGUUCUUAUAGGAAAGCCUCAGAUUCUCCAUACAAAAUGUUUAAUUCAAAACUAUGCUGGAUAGAGUAAAACCCUUGCUGAGCUUCUUAGAAAAAAAAAAAGAUGCUUUAUGUGUCAAAUAUAGGCUAUGUUAAAUCAUAACAAAGCCUUUUUGCCUCAUUGCUCUCCCGAAAGCAAGGUGGGUCACCAGCAGCCCUACUGGAGCCACCCACGGAAGUUGGGCCAGGGUUCUCGCUCUUGUCACAUCUGUCCAAACCAGCAUAGUCUGAUCUGGAAACACGGCCUCAAUAUGUGCCGCCAGUGUUUCCGUCAAUACGUGAAGGACACAGGUUUCAUUGAGUUGGACUAAGUGAUCUUCCUUGAAUGGAUUAUCCAAGGCAUCCACCCAAUAAAAGAAACCAUGUUAGUUCUUUGUACAUAAAAUAAACAUUUUUAAAAAACAAAAUAAGUCAUGCCAAAAAUACCACCUUAAUAUAUUAUUGGCAUAACAGGAAGAACCUGAAAUUUAUGUGUGUCACGUGUACUUUUUUUUUUCUCUUUUGCUGUGA